AUGGGAUUGUUAGCAUCUCGCGAACUGAUGGUUAUGAUCGGUUAUAAUUGCGAUAAAAAUUUUAGAACUUUUAUCACUUAUAGAUUACUUAUCCAGAGUGGAUGGAAUGAAGAAUUAGGACUUACUUGGGAUCAGCUUUUUCCAGAGCCAUCCAAAAGUGCUUCACCUGAGGCAAUAGCUAAAUUGGAGCGAUUGAUAUCCGCAGAUUUACUUCAUCCAGAAAAGUGCCCAAUAUGCAUUAUUUUUUGUGACAAUACGAUGAAUGUUAAACUCAUUCGUAUGCCUUGUAAUCAUUUAUUUCAUGAAGAUUGUGUCUUGCCUUGGCUAAAACUUAAUAAUUCUUGUCCGAUGUGUAGAUAUGAGCUUCCAUCAAGUGAUCCUUUAUACGAAGAAUAUAAAAAGCAGAAGGAACGCCGUGAAAGACGUGACGCUGAUUUGGAUGAACUACAUAAUUCUAUGUUUUCAUAA